CAGGGAGUAGAAAGAGAGAGAGAGAGAGAGAGAGAAUUAGGGAAGAUGAGCGAGGUGUUUGAAGGAUACGAACGCCAAUACUGCGAGCUCUCGGCCAAUCUUUCCAAAAAGUGUACGGCAGCUGGUGCUCUUGAUGGAGUUUUGAUGCAAGAUUCAAGCAUGUGAACUGGGUUGUAUGAAACCAAGUGAGAAAUGGGCACCAUCUGCUUAAAGUAGUUACAAUCGAUGAAGAUGCAUUUUGUCUGCAUCUGCGUAUGCUGCAAAGACUGAAAUUUUGAUGUUUCUCCGUAUAUGAAGUGGAGUUUUCAGUAACUUUUAAGCCCUGGGGUUUUACAAAGGUUGUGCAAAAUCUGAAAAGGGUUAGGGAGAGGGGAGUGCCAUCCUUUGUCGUGUAUUGACUGACUAGAAAAGAAUAAGAUUUGAUAGGCUAAAUUUUCUGUUAAAUAUUUUGCCUUGAAAGAGUGCUUGUGAUAUGCAUUGGAAGAGAAUCUGGGUCCUGAAUUUGUUAGUGAGAGAAAGAAAUUCAAUGUGGAUAACUUUAAGAUUGAUUUCAUGUGGAUAAAUCAAGAUAAAUUCCAGCAAAAGAAGCAAAAAGUUACGGAAAUAAAGACUGGAAUCGAUGAAGCGGAGUCUUGGAUUCGUAAAAUGGACCUUGAGGCAAGAAGUUUGCAGCCCAAUGUUAAGGCCGUGCUUCUUGCUAGGUUGAGGGAAUAUAAAUCAGAUCUCAAUAACUUGAAAAAUGAAGUUAAAAGACUUGUAUUUGGAAAUGCAAAUGCAGCUGCUCGAGAUGAAUUGUUGGAGUCAGGCAUGGCUGAUGCAUUGACGGCAUCAGCUGAUCAGAGAUCAAGAUUAUUAAUGUCAACAGAGAGAAUCAACAAAUCCAGUGAUAGAAUCCAAGAAAGUAGAAGAACCAUGCUGGAAACGGAAGAGCUUGGCGUUUCUAUUCUUCAAGAUUUGAGUUCACAACGACAAUCUCUUUUACAUGCUCAUAACACGCUUCAUGGCGUGGACGACAACAUAGGGAAGAGCAAGAGAGUAUUGACAUCCAUGUCAAGGAGGAUGAGCAAGAACAAGUGGAUAAUUGGCUCGAUUAUUGCAGUACUUGUCCUUGCUAUCAUUUUGAUCUUGUACUUCAAACUUGCUAAAUAAUUGAGAAAACUUUUUAUUAUCUCGUUUACUUUACUGGGGGUGUGAGUUGUUUCCAAGAGAUUGUUUUCUCUUUUAUCUUUUCUUUGUUGUCACAUUGUUUUUGGUUCUAUUUGUAAGUUUGGGAUCUGAAUGCUAAACGAAAGAUGCUUGCUUUGUUUGUGCUUUAAUUGCAAAUAUAAUUGUACCGCUCUAAUGUUGGAAUGUUGGGAGUGUAUAAUUUGAUUUGAUCUUCCAUAUGUUA